AUGGAUUAUAGGAACUUAUCUCCAAUUAAUGUCCUUGACCCAGAUUACAGAUGGUUCGAUAAAAAUGACUCUGGCAUAAAACCUUUGCUCUCUGUUCAAAAAGACCAAUGAAACAAGUUGAACCAAUAUUGAAUAUUUGAGAAAGGAAAUGUCUCAAAAUCCCCUCCUCCAAUUUCUGACCAGAGAAAGAAAUCAGAUAUGGAUGUGAAGAGUGGCACUGGCAAAAGUACCAAAGCUCGAAAAUCUCGGAGGAUUUAUACUAACCUGUAUCACCCAAGCUUCAGCACCAAGAUGCAUUUCAUGAAGAUGGCUAAUGCUUUGGGAAAAAGACCCCAGAACAAAACUAUGAAGAACUUCGAUAUCUCCCAAGGGAAUCUUGACCAAGAAAACUUAAUCCUUGGAAUGAGCCAGGAAGCGCCAAAGAAUCAGAGCAUGAACGCAAGUAUGAUCCUGAAGCAAAUCAGGGGAAGGAGGAAGAACAGGAGCAAUACGGCUGGAAAUCUCCAGCCCUUCCUUCAAUAUUUUUAUAGUGGUACAAAAAUAAUUAAAUAUGGGACUAAAUAAGACCAAAGCUCUAGCUGACAGCAAAAGAGACUUUGCUUUUGUCUCUAAUCUCAAUUCAAAAGACUUCCUUAAGAAAAUGAUCAAACAGAGGCAUCCAAGCAUGUUUAACUGUGGUAAGAGAAGUCAGUCUAAGGAGCCAGCUCCUUUUUCAGUUACAAACUCAGGUUUCAUGAUGAGACCAAAUUUGAUAAACCAAGAUGAUGAUUUUGCCCUGCAAAGCCCACAUACAUGCAUUAAUUCAACCAAAGCAAGAGACCAAAGUAGUUCAAAUAAAGGCAAGCUCUGGACUCUUAAAAUAUUUAGACACUGAGCCUCUGAAUCAAAAUAUCUCUACUGCAAAAAGGCCAUUUACGAAUGAGAGAUUAUCGAACCGGCUGCAGAUCCUCCAUACAAGUACAAACAAAAAUACAGACUCACUUUAUACACAAGACGUCAUGGCUAAAAUUAAGAAGGAUUCACAAAGACAAAUUGUAGUUAUGUUCAUCGACUGGAAUC